UCUGUGCGCUUGAUUAUUUUUACGCCUUCGAGUCUGGCGGUGAAAUCCAGGUCAUCUCCGCCGGAUCACCAGCCGACACGGCUCAGGCUUCUGCUCUCCGCGGAUCCACAGUACCAUUUCCUGAUUCCGUUUUUGAGAGUGAGCUUGUGGUCUGAAGGAUGAUGUGGGGCAUGCUGAUUACCAUGCUGUUACACUGAGAAGAGUUUAUCCACACAGGACAAGCAGCAGCAACUACACGUUCCCUACGUAAACCAGCUAUCAAGCACCUGCUCUCAAUCAAGUACCUGUCUGAAUAUUUCUCUCUCCCACACAUACACAGCUAUGGCUGGCUGGCUCUGGUUGGGAGGGUAAUCGGUGUGCUGGUUGCCCUGGCAACCCCACCCUGAUCCUCGUUGAAAAGAGCCCAACUGUCACCGAAGACUUUUUACCCCCCCGCCCUUUUUCUGGAGUUGAUUUGCCCUUUGAGGAGGGAGAGGGCAGCGGCGGAAGCAGGAGCCAUGGACUCAUGAGGUGAAAAUGGCAGCACGGUGGCUGUUCGGCCCCCAGGAGCCCUCAGACAAUCCGAGCCAAUAACGUGGGCACGCACACGGGCAGAGCGGCGGUAGCAGUAUGCAGGAGGCUGACCUACCGGCCACCAAUGCUUUCACAGGCUGCAUUUCUCUCCCCUGCCUGGAAUGGAAUGCAGAGAAAGAGGAGAGAAAAGUGCAGAUUCCUGUGCACUAAUGGCAGAUGUCUGAACCUGGACUCGCAGGUCUGUGAUCAGCUCAACCACUGUGGAGACAACAGUGAUGAGGAGCACUGCCCCAUCUCCACCCAGCAUCCUGCAUCUGCCAUCUUCAGCUCUGAACUGGAGUUUGUGCAGAUUGUGAUCAUUAUUGUCGUGAUGACUGUGAUGGUCGUGGUGGUUGUGUGCCUCCUGAACCACUAUAAACUCACCACCUGGUCGUUCCUGAGCCGGGCGAGUCAGGCACAGAGUCAGGACCUUUCUCUGCAGCCGGAGGGUUCUUUGUGGCCAUUGGAUAAUGGUCUGAGACAAGGGGCAUCUGAGGUGGUGUACGCUCCUCAGCUAAGGGACCAUUUUACCGCUCCCACUUUCAUGCAGCAUAACCGCUUCAGACGUUUCCAGCCCACCUACCCAUACCUGCAGCAUGAGAUCGAUCUGCCACCCACCAUCUCGCUGUCAGACGGAGAGGAACCGCCACCAUACCAGGGGCCCUGCACACUGCAGCUGAGAGACCCUGAACAGCAGCUCGAGCUCAACAGAGAGUCUGUGCGUGCCCCACCCAACCGGACCAUCUUCGACAGCGACCUCAUCGACAUGCAUGGUUCAGGGGCUGGUAGUGGGCCACGCCCUCCCAGUAGCAACUCUGGGAUCAGUGCUGCCAGUUCCAGUGCCCAUGGACGCAUGGAGGGCCCACCGCCCGCUUACAGUCAAGUCAUUGGAGAGAACUCGGGCAUAGUACUUUACCUCCACCAGCACAGCAAUAACCCGCCUGUCCCUGUCACUGUGCAGACUCCGCCUAGGGGCAGGACAGAUCAGAGCAGCCCAGAGAGCACAAUAGCACUGAGCAAGAACAGACAGAGGGAGGAGCUUGUGUGAGAGGGGUGGGGCUAGCGCAAGAUUGGAAAUUGCUCUCACUCUCCACCCAUAAAGGGAAGGGGUUCUCCCUGUAGACACUCCCAUUCACAACAAAGCUUAAUGGGUCUUGGCAACACUAGCAAAACCAUUUGUUAAAAAGAUAACAAAGUUGAGCUGAGCGUACUAAAGAAUCAUUUCUUUUUUUGUCAGACCAGCUGCGCUAACAUUGCGGUUUAUGCACUGCCUGGAGUCUCACACCUUUGUUGCUUUGUAUUACUUAUGUAUAGCCUACAAUUAAGAAAAAUAUUCUAGCACAAGGCAAGCUUUUAGUUGUUGUUGUUGUUGUUAUUUUUGUUAGUUUAAUCGUUGGGUCCCUCUCGAACGUCCCCUCCUACCCAAGCCACACUAGCUGUGUGGAUAAGAAUUUCUUUUGUAAAGACCGAGAUCUGUGCUGCAUGAACAAAAUGUAAAUGCAGAAAAAUGGUGAAAAUCCAAAUCCUAGUGCCAAGGUUUAUGUGGAAGGUGACAUGGGGCGUUGACUGUCCUAAAGACUUGUUAAACACUUAAAUCAAAACCCUUCUAUGAAAUUUGCACUACUGUUAAGGUUGAUCAGAGAAUUUUUUUUGUUUGGGGGGGGGGGGGUGUAUGUCUACUGUUUGUAUGGUUUAUUUUCAUGUAGAUCUGAUCAUAUGCUUCAAUGCAAGCUCUCUAUGGUAGGGAAAUUAUCUAGUAUGUCUUCAGCACAAGAAAAAUCUCUGAUCCAGCCUAAAAUAAUCUAAUCUAAAAGAGGCACAGAAUACAGAGUGUCUGCUCUACUCUCAUCUAUCAUCUCCAGUGACACUUCAAGCCACUUUCACAAACUCUAGCUGAUUCAAGGUCAGUUGGCUGGAAGCAUAAAAAACUCACUUUACUAUUGGAAGUGAACAGGUUGGACAUGUUACUACUAGAUGUUUUGUCAUUUAUUCUAAAGAAGUUCUGGAAAGAAGAGUGCACUGUAGCAGUGCUCCAAUCUGUUCUCCAUCAGCCCAAUUUUUAAAACUUAUUCUUACAGGGAUAAUUCAUCAAAAAAACUCAGACAUCCUUUACUUAAUCUCACACUGUUUCAAACCCGUAUGAAUUUCUUUAUUCAGUGGAACACAAAAGCAAAUGUUAGGAAUUAGCGACCUCCGUAACCAUUCAUUUUCAUUACAUUUUGUUUCCCACAUGUCAUGAAAGUAAAUGGUGAAUGACUGUUGUACUGAAGUCAUACAGGUUUGGAAUGACAUGAGGAUGAGUAAAUGAUUAACAGAAUUUUCAUUUUUGAUUGAACUAACUCAACUAACUUUUUUUAUGAGCUGCAGUCUGUAAAGAAAACAAUAUAAUUUUCAGAGGUUAAAGGUCAACAUUGUACCAUUUCCACCACAGAGGGCCAAUUACAGAACACAGCCAACUGAUGUUCUAAGAAUCUUUUAAUCAAAAUAUCAGUGUGGUUGAAGGAUUACAAAUCCUGUUUUGCAUGCUGAUCUAGUCCCCAAUGACAAUCAAUCAGGUUUAAAAAUGUGGUGAAGUCAAGGGCUAAUGCGAUGGGCAUUUUUGAAAAUCUCUUUUUGUACCCAGCAAUCCUCUGUCCUGUUGCCUUGGAUGUCACUCUGUCACCACCCACAGUGAACCCGAUCCUGACACCAGGUCCUGUCCACCGCACACAAAUACUGAACACUGAUCUUCUCUUCAUGUCCAAAUGUAUUCCUCUUGCCACGUAAACAUACAGUCUGAAAAUCCAAGAUGAGAACUUUGAGUGACUCUCAGCAUUCGGUUUAAGCUUGGGUGGAAUUUAUUACAGUCAUGUAGGCCCAGAUACAGGAUGUUUCUUGAAUCUGGUCCAGAGGUUGAAAGAAUUUAGGAGAAAUCCCAAAGACUCUUACCAGUUAGUGCACACAUAUCCCUUUAAUAAGGAGACUGAAGACUGAGCCCCUGUUUUUAGUCACCAUGUAAUCUGUCAAAGACAGAAAAGGCCAUGGUGAUUUUUAUACUUUUAAGUAUGUUUUCGUUAGAUGGGAAUUAUGGUCAAAAAAUGUUUUCAAAAGCAACACACUCACCUUUAUAAGCUAGUCUAUUUGUACUCCGAAUGUUAGAGUCAGCCAAUCAAAAUGUGUUCAGAUGCUCUUAUUUCAAUGUCUGUGUAGGUUGGCAUUACUCUUGUUUUUGCCCUGCAAUAGGUGGGAUUUUAUUAUUAAUAGUAGUAGUAUUUUUUUUUUUUUGUAAUUAUUAUUUUUAGAAAUUGUGUCAUUUUGACAUGUGUUCCAAACAAGUCUAAACAAAUCAACUCUCUCUUGCUCUAGAUUUUGAAUUAUAGACUCCUAGCAGCUAGCCAAGUAGUAGAAUUCGAGAAUCUCAUCACCUUGGAUACAGUUGUAAUUCUAGAAUCCCAGCAGUUUUGCUGGACUUCAGAUUCUAAAAUCUCAACAACUUGGUUAAAGUUGGAAUUCUUGAAUACCAGCAGUUGGGGUUAGAUUACAAAAUUCUAGAAUCCCAUCUGCGUGAUGGUUUUGAAUUCUGGAAUUGUAAUUGUAUUGCUAGAUAUAGAAUUCUAUAAUCUCAGCACCUUGGCUAUAGUUCCAAUUCUAUAAUCUCAGCUGCUUGGCUAGAGUUCUAAUUCUAGAAUCACUGCUACUUGGCUGAGUUGCAAUUCUAGAAUCUCAGCAUCUUGGCUACAUUUGGAAUUCUAGACUCCCAGCUACUAGGAUAGAUUUGCAAUUCUAGAAUCACUGCAGCUUGGCUACAUUUGGAAUUCUAGAAUCCCAGCUGCUUGGCUAGAGUUCAAAUUCUAUAAUCCCAUCAGCUAGGAUAGAGCUCCAGUUCUAGAAUCCCUGCUGCUUGGCUACAGAUGCAAUUCUAUAAUCCCAGAUUUGGAAUUCUAGAAUCCCAGCUGCUUGACUACAGUUGCAAUAUUAGGGUCCCAGCUGCUUGGCUAGAGUUCCAAUUCUAAAAUCCCAGCAGCAAGGAUAGUUGCAAUUAUAUAACCCCAGCAGCUGGAAUAGAGUUCCAAUUCUAGAAUCCCAGCUGCUUGGCUAAAUUUGCAAUUUUAGAGUCCGAGCAACUUGGUUAGGUUAGAUGAAGAAUUCUAGAAUUUCAACUGCUCAGCUAUAUAUAGAAUUCUUGAUUCACUUGAGUGGUGUCUAGAUGCUCUUGUCUUUCAAGCACAGGCUAUAAAAGCUCACAACUUUGCAGAGUUUGAAGAUGUGUUCUCUCAGACUACUUGCAUAGAAAAAACCAAGGAUACAAAGUUCAAAAUGAGAGCACAAUGCAUGUCACUGCAUUUGAAACUGCCUCCUUUUAAAAACCCUUUUCCAAUCACGUGUUGCUCUGUUCUCUUUUCCACUGGCUGUAUUUAUCUUGCAGAGCUAAGCUUCAUAGUGAGUUUGCUGCUCCCGCUUUUGCUGCUGCUGCUGCUGCAAUGCUGCUUUUCAUCUGCUGCACUUUUUCUUUUGCCUUCCUUUCCAUCACCCAUUGUGGUAAACACUCCCCCUUUUUUCUCUAUGGUUAGUCUGGUUUUGGUUUGUGUCUCAAAGGAAGAGCUUUUUUUCGGCCGUUUUCUACUGUCCAAGGAGUUUGCAUGUUACUCGCGAGCUGAAUCGGUGCCUAUUGAUCGUAUUGAUUUUGAGCGACGUAGGAACCCACUUGCACUCUAAAAGUUCCCACCUUAGCUGUGCCUCACUUCCAAUGGUGCUUUCUUCUGUGUAUGGUAAUCUGUUUUUUUUAUCCUCUUUUAUUUGUAAGGUGCUGUAAAUAAUGUUUGUCUGUAUGCACAUAUCCUACCCAAUGGGUAGAAACCACAGAAAAAAGACAUUGUUAAUAAUGUAACAUAAUUUAAAGUUGAUAUAAAGAUUUUAACAUGGUGCAGUGGCAACGGAUUUGUAAAUGCCUAGUUCAAAUGUUUGAUUUUUGUGUGUGUAAAAGGAAAGUUAUCAGAAAGAUGCUUAAUUAUGAAAAUACUAAACUACAGAGCAUUUCUUUUAUUUUUAAGUAACAUCACGCUACAGUAAGAAUGUUGCUUUAGACACUGCCCCCAACCACAAGAGGCGCAUACACACAAAGGGAUCGUCAUUUGACAAGUUUGAUACCUGCUUAAUCAAAAAAUCACCACAACCUUUGAAUUAUACAUUGGAAUUCACAGUCUAUGGAAACUAACCAAUCAGUGCCAGACUCCCAAUCACAGACCGAAACACUGAGGAUUUGUAAUUACAGUCUUGCUGAAUUAGAACAAUUUGGAUUUCACCAGACUGUUUGAAAUGAGUUAGUUUGAGUCCCAAUAAUGUACAUGGUUUUUCAUGCCACCGUGUUGUGCUUCCUGUCUUUGCAAAGUUUAAUAAUGAACCAAAUGAGAGAGAAGUAGUUUUAACAUUAUUAUUUUUGUUAUAUAUUUCAGACAUUCUGUGUGUGGCGUAUAGGAGCAAAAAGUUAUUUUAAUUGCAGAUAUUUAUUCUGGUGCUCCACUGUACAGUACCUUGUAUUCGCAUGUCUAUAGUUGUAUACCUGAAGAUAAUGUACAUAGCAAUGGCAUUUUGGCUACAAGCACCUGACUAACAACAGUUGUGAAGUUUUGAGCAAUUUACAGAGAUGCUUAUCAAAGCGACAAAAAGCUUUUCAUUUUUAUUCCCUGCACAAGUGCUGAGAACUAACAAUGACAGAAAAGGUUAAUAAUUGUUGUACCCUGAUGCUUAUCAAGUGUCUGUGAAAACAGCUUCUGAGCCGUUCAGAACUAGAAACACAAUAUCAACUCAUUCAGUCACAAAAUUUGACUGAUGAGACUCUGUAUGUUCACAUAUGUGGACAUUUUAUAUACAUGCACUCAUACAUAUUUACACACUUUAAAUCUAAGUGUUUUUUUUUUACCAUUGUGGGGUAGCUAAUAGGUUCCAAGCGUAAGGUCUCUUAUUGCAAUUCUCGUUUUCAGAACAAAAAUAAUCAUGUUGCUCUAAUCACUGUCAUAUUCAAACUCUUAUGCUUGUACUUCUGCUGUUGUCCAACUGCAGCUAAAACUAAUAAACUAAAAACUACCAAUUCGUGUUGUUUAAUAUUUAGAACCUUUUGGGUUUUAAUAAAUACAACAAUUGUAUGUGCAUUUGUCAGAUGACCAGUUUUAUUACUCUUAAUGAACACUUUUACAUAUUUUGGUGAUUUAUGAUUUUUUAUUAAAACUAGCAGCAUCACAAGUGGUUUUUAAUACAAGUAAACAGAUUCAAUGUGUGAAAUUACUUUAUUACUCCAUUACCCACUGACCUUUUAAACAAUCCAGAUACACAGACAAAUAGUGCAAUCCAUCAUUAAAACAGGACCAGUUCGGAUGACUGCGCAGGCAUUUUGCACAAGAAUUCAAAUACAGACACACACUGUUAUGCAAACAAAAACAUUUUUUUUUUUUUUU